AUGGUCAAAGACAACCCCAAGACGCAGCCAAAGAAGACGACGGCUCCCAAGAAGUCGCGCUCUGCCAUCUCCGACGUCGUCGCCCGCGAAUACACCAUCCACCUUCACAAGCGAGUCCAUGGCGUCAGCUUCAAGAAGCGAGCCCCUCGCGCGAUCAAGGAGAUCCGCAAAUUCGCCACGUUGGCUAUGGGAACCCGCGAUGUCCGUCUCGACCCGCAGUUGAACAAGAAGGUGUGGGAAUCCGGCAUCAAGGGCGUGCCGUUCCGUCUGCGCGUGCGCAUCAGCCGUAAGCGUAACGACGAGGAAGGCGCCACGGAGAAGCUGUACAGCUACGUCCAGGCCGUCAACGUCAAGGAGAAGGAGGCCAAGGGCCUGCAGACCGUCGUUGUUGAGGACUCGUAG